AUGAAGUAAGUCUACCCAUUUCAUUACAUAUAAUCAUUAAAGAGAGCUUUAAGGAUACAAACAGCUUUCAGGAGGUACAGAUUCAAAAAGUAUAGGUCUCGCUUAUAUCAGAGAUGCAUGCGGUAAAGCAGCUCAUAGCAACAACUUAUUUUGCCUAAGCUUGCGAUACAUCAGAAAUAAAACUCAUAGUAGCAUGCCUUAGAGAGAAGCUAAUCUUCGUAUUUUAGUUGCAGAGGCCUUUUUGAAGAUAAACAGACUCCUACUAAGUCAGAAAGAAAAAAAUCUGUGUCAUUCAGUGACCCUUUGGAAGAAGUGUAUAUUGUCGAAAGUUUUAAAUCUCAAAGACCUAGGAGUGCUGAUAAAUACCGAAGAAGAAAUAGAUAUGAGAGAAAUUUCAUAACCUCAAUAGUAAAUCAGUAAUUACAGAGGAAGUAGAAAGAUGACUUCAUGGUGAGUCAUAGUGGCGAAAAUCAUGGAAGUAAAAUAGAAAUUCAAAAUAGUGCACUUAGCAUGCUUGAAAUAAAAUAUAGUCCUUGUAAUAAUAAUCCAAUCAAACCUUAUUAUUCUAACUCAUCGAAUAAAAACAAUAAUAAUUCAAAUCCAUAAGAUAUAUCAGAUCAACCAAUUAUUCAGCCAUCACCUAAAAGAAAGACAUCUUAAAGAUUAUUCAUGCUAUUAGGUAAUGACUCAAUCCUUGUACCAGACUUGCCAACAAUAAACGAGUUCCAAAGAUUCUCAAAAUCACUUGAGUAAAUUGCAAAAAAAGUAUCUUAAUAAUACAACACCAAUCAAGUCGAGUACUCUAAAGAUACCUAAUAACUUGAAUAACUCAUAGAAUUAUAACUAAAGAUCCUAGUAGAAUACAAUUCUAUAAUUGAUAAAGUUGCUAUAACAUCACAGAAAGUAACAAGGAACGAUAAAGAAUUUCAGUAAAAAGAUAGAAUAUAUUAUCCAGUCUCAAAGACUACAAAAGCCCCGAUGAAAAAUAUUACUAUGCUGUCUAAGUCUCCUAGAUCUAAGCCUAUACCUGUGUAUUAAUCAUCUAAUAGUAAUAAUACAUCAAUUACCACUUAAUCUAAAUCUCCAAACAUUAAAAAAGGUGAAAGUAGUCUGAAUUCAACUUUAAAUAAAAGUGACAAAAAACCCUAGAAAAUAAACAACCUAAAGAGUAGUAAUAGCAUUGCCAAAGGCAGUUUUAUAAAGUUACUAAAAAUUAAUGAAAGUGAUUCCAACAGAAAUGAAAACUCUAGCAAAUUAGAGAGUUUGAAUACAAGUAAUUCAUUUGCUCGUUUACAUAAUUAAUCUAUCAAAAAUAUCAGAAACAAGGAAUAAUCAUAGAAAGUUAAUAAGAAGGAAGUGCUUGACCCAAAUUUUUUUAAGAGAUAUCUAGAGGUAUAGAGUUUAUUGACAAGUAGUAAUCAAUUCACCACCAAGACAAGUAAGAUUUAACCAACUGAUAAUCAGCAUCAUGCUUAAUAGAAGAUAACUUCUUCAUUCAUAAUUGAUAAAGAAAAGCUGCAUGAUAUUUAAUAAUCAACAGAAUCAAUUUUAGUAGAUUAACGACCUAAAAGUCGCAAUCAAUUGAUGCCUGCUAAUGCCACUUAAACUUUCGGAAAGUAAUUUGAAUUGAACACACAAUUCUAAAAUACUGCUCUAAAGUCGUUUAACAAUAUCACUCCAAGAAAAACCCUAGACUUUCUCAGUUCUUUAGAAAUCAAUAAUAAACUCUCUCAUUCUUUUAUUAAUGAGUAAAAAAGUACUUUAAAAUUGAAUUCUAGGAAAAACUUUGUUUCCCCUAACUCAUCAGUUCUUAUGAAUAGACACUAAGAUGCACUGAAGAAACUUCAGAAAAAGCAGUAAGACUUUUCCUUCAAUCAAAGCGCAAGCAUUGCUCUUGAAGAGGAAAACAGAGACAAAAUGAAUGAUAUAUCUGUAGUAGAUAUAACUCCUGAUAAAAAUAAUAGUUUUAUAAAUAGUACUAAUUAGUAAUAAUAAAAAAGAAAUCUACAGACUAUAAGAUCAAGAUUACAACUAAACAGUUGCAAAUCUACUAGCUUGAUUCUUAAUAGAAGUCUUAAUUUUGAUACAAGCCAAUGA